CAUUCAAUAAGUAUCAUACAGUAAAAUAAUUACUGUAAUAGUAUAAUCUUAUAGUUAACUUAUCCAUACAAUAAUAACAUACCAAACAAUUAUGUUAAUUUUUGGCCAAUUAGUCCAAAUUGUUUUAUUAGUAUUAAUAUCAGUAAAUAUUUUGCUAAUCAAGUCUACCACUGAUCUCUGUGAUGAUACUAUUGGUACAAAUACAACACCGACACCUAGUAUUACUAACCCCACCACUACUACCCUUUCAAAAUCAACUACCCCUGAAACUAUAGAGCCUAAAUUGCCUGUAAAAGCUGGAGUACCUAGAGGUGUCGGUUUUACAGUAUCAUUAAGGACUAACAUCACUGGUAAAGACAGACACUUAUGCAGCGGUACUAUAAUCAGUCCGUAUUGGAUACUAACAGCAGCCAGUUGUGUAUAUAAUCGUACCGUUACAAGUACUAAAGUUUUAUUAGGACACUAUGCUGUCAACCAUACCGUUAUAUACGAUCACUAUUCACCCGAAACUAACGAAAACAAUAUAGCAUUGGUUCGCCUAAAGGAAUAUAUUGAACACAUAACUGUAAACUAUGAACUAUCAUUAGGUGACCAACCGGUUGCCAACUGGUCAGUAGCCUAUCUACACGAUUGGGAACCGAAAGAUUAUCGACAUGUGACAAACAUAAACUCCCGGACUAUCGAUUGGAAACAUUGUACGACUAUAAUAGUGUCGGACAACAACACCAAUACAAAUACAACAACAAAAACACCGAUUCUUAAUAGUAAUAAUAUUUGUCUGCUGACCGCCAAAGGAGAGGGUGUCUGUCAUAAAGGACAUGUGGGUGAUGUAGGCGGUGCAGUGACAGUAGAGACACCAAAUAAAUCAGAAAAUAGUGAUGAAAAUAGAAUAACCAGAUUAAUAGGUAUACUAUCGGCUGACCUGUCAUGCGGUCAACUCGACGGCGGUGUCGGCCGACAACCCAAAGUCGUUACCAGUAUUGUACCGUUUCUUCAAUGGAUAAACGAAAAAACCAAAAUAACUGCUAUUAGUAGUAAUAAUAAUAAUAAUACCGACAAUAGGCCGGUAAUUUGUUCAACAGAAUUACAAUAUAGGAGUAAUUUUGGAGGAUUUGGGGCAUCGAUUAGAAAUGAAUUUAAUGAACGUUUGUGCGGCGGAUCUAUCAUUGGUACGAAUUGGAUACUAACGGCCGCCAGUUGUCUACAUAAUCGUCCCUUAUCAAGCAUUUAUGUUGGUAUCGGUGAWGAAGAUUUCAUACAUAAUCAUAGCUACUACGGUGUCGACCAAAUCAUUAUACACGACCAGUACUCGCCAGUGACUAAACAAAACAAUAUAGCACUGGUUCGGGUCGAGCCCUACAUAAGUGAUAAUUCACGGGUAAAUAUAGUUCAAUUGGCCGAUCAACCAGUUAUUGACGACUCGACUUUAGCCGAAAUUACUUAUUCGUCAAAUAUAUGGAGCGGAACAAGUGAUGUCCGUACACUUGGUUGGCAACAAUGUAAGUCUCUAAUGACAAACAAUACCAUCACCACAAACAACACAACAACAAACAUAGACAGUAGUAAUGUUUGUUUGCUGAAGUAUUUUGGUUGUAAAGAUGAUGAUGGUAAUCCAGUAACAAUAGAUAGACAAAAACAAUAUUAUAAUCAGAAAAGCUGUCCUAUAGAUAGAAAACUAUUAAUAGGUAUCCUAACCGAUGACCUGUCCUGCAAGUCUGGUCGACCCGAAGUUAUGAUCAGUAUUAACCCAUAUCUACAAUGGAUUAAACAGAAAACCAAUAUAACUGCUGUUAGUAGUAGUGAUAAUACGACUAAUAAUAAUGAUAUUCAACCGGUAAAUCUGAUUAUUGAAGAUCCGAUAGAUAUAGAUCCAGGAUUCUCUCAUUCAAAAUCUAGAAACACCCGGUUUGGUUUGGGUUAUAUGGCUUCGCUGAUGGACAACCAAUCUAAGCGACAUUUAUGUAGCGGUACUAUCAUUGGUACGAAUUGGAUACUAACGGCUGCCAGUUGUCUACAAAAUCGUACUGUUUCUAGUAUUUUUGUUGGUGUCGGUAGAAAUGAUUACCAAUUAAAUAAUACAUUGUAUACUGUAGUCCAAACCAUUAUACACGACCAGUACUCGCCACUGACUAAACAAAACAAUAUAGCACUGGUUAGGGAUUAGGUUGGUAUAAUACGAUUGGCCGAUAAAAACCAAAAGGUUAUCCAUGAUAGACAACCGGCCCAUAUAGGCGGUUGGGGAUCAAAAACUAUUUGGUGGUUUCUACAAACACUCGAUGUAAAGAUAUUUGAUUGGCAACAAUGUAAGUCUAGGAUAGAAAACAAUACCAUUACUACCAACACUAACACAACAACAAUCAUCGACAGUAGUAAUGCUUGUGUGGUGGCCGACAAAGGAAAGGGAGCCUGUCAUGACGAUGAGGGCGGACCUGUUAUUAGGAAAGUAAUUGAAUAUUCAAAAUAUAUAAACAAAAGAAACAGAACUAUCGACAGACAUCAAGAAAUUAGGGUAAUAAUGGGUGUCCUAUCUAGCGAUCUGUCCUGUGGUCAGUCCGGUCGACCCGAUAUUGUUACCAAUGUUAUCACUUAUCGCGAAUGGAUUAAAGAAAAAACAGGAA